CGGAGGUGGCAGCUCCCCAGACAGUGCUCUAUUUUUCUCUAAAUUCUCUUAUAAAUUUAAGAGAGUUUUAUAAUUUCUUUGUGUGCCAUAUUCUCGCCACCUUUUUGGGCGCCUUAGCCAACAAUCCAGCUUACUGUGAUCGAUGAGGAAGAGAGCCAAAAAUAGUGGCAAAGUAAUGAAUUGAAUAUUAUUGAAUCUAACUAAACUUAUAUAUUUCAUACAUUAUCUUUCAUUAUUAGGGUUUUCUCUUUUCUCUUUCAUUCCCUCUCACCGGUUAUAUAUAUACCACACACACUUUUUACCCUGUUGGUGUCCUUCAUUCUCUCAUUCCUAGCUCUACCUCAUGAGUUAUCUUUGAAGACAAGGACUUCUCAACUUCUCGGGAUUUGAUCCGGCGACGACUCAAGUCCCGAGGAGCGAAAACCCUCAAAAAACUUUGAAGCCUUUUGUUCAGUUCUGUCGGUUUCUUGUCUGAUUUCACAAAUCCAGGAGCCGGUUUGAAGCGUCCAAGCUUGCUUUUUCACCUGAAGAGAUUGCUGAUCUAACAUCGAUCCAGAUCUGUUGAUACAUACAUACAUACAUAUAGUACAUAGACUUUCUAAAGGUUCUUGGUUAUACACAUAUAAUUAACCACAAGGGGAGGGAAAUGAAUACUUUUACACAUGUUCCCCCUGGAUUUCGGUUCCACCCUACAGAUGAAGAACUUGUUGAUUAUUACCUGAGGAAGAAGAUUAACUCUCGACGGAUCGACCUGGAUGUUAUCAAAGAUGUUGAUCUUUACAAGAUUGAGCCAUGGGACCUUCAAGAGCUCUGCAGAAUAGGCACAGAGGAACAAAACGAAUGGUACUUUUUCAGCCACAAAGAUAAGAAGUACCCAACCGGAACCCGGACUAAUAGAGCCACCGCUGCUGGAUUCUGGAAAGCGACCGGAAGGGACAAGGCCAUUUACUCUAAGCAUGACUUGAUUGGCAUGAGGAAAACCUUAGUCUUUUACAAGGGCCGGGCUCCAAAUGGUCAGAAAUCAGAUUGGAUUAUGCAUGAAUACCGCCUUGAAACUGACGAGAAUGGAACCCCUCAGGAGGAAGGGUGGGUUGUCUGCAGAGUAUUCAAGAAAAGGAUAGCAACCAUGAGAAAAGUAAGCGAGCAUGAAUCACCUAUUUGGUAUGACGACCAUGUUUCAUUCAUGGCUGACAUGGAUUCUCCAAAACAACCUUCUCUUUCCAACUUGGCUUGCCAAUAUCCAUAUCCUUGCAAGAAGGAGAUCAACAACAAUAUGCACUAUCAAAUCCCACCACAUGACCACUUUCUUCAGCUUCCCUUUCUUGAGAAUGCAGCUAAUCCUAAUAAGCUGCAGCUUCCAGCUCAACCCGGUACUUCUUCUGUGUCUGGAUACGGUCAACUCGGCAUGGUCAACGGGAUCAAUUUGCAGUCUUCUUCAUCAAUGCUGUCUUCAGUACAGCAGGAACAUUAUUUGAUGAACAAUGGACAAUCAACGCUGGAUCAAGUCACAACCGAUUGGCGAGUACUCGACAAAUUCGUGGCUUCCCAACUCAUGAGUCAAGAGGAAGUCUCCAAGGAAAGUGAAUACUCAAAUACUACAAACACAUUUACUACUACUACUUCUGAUGAUUCCAAUUUCAUGGUCAAACAAUUCGAAAAGCAAGAUUGGGAGUAAAAAAAAAAAAAGAUGGCCUCAACAUCAUAUCAUGGAAGUGCAAAUAUGUGAAGAAGUAUAUACUGGAAGGGAGAGAGAUACUACCAGUUUCCAAUUGUGUUGUACAUAAUAAAACUAAUGGAUCAUAAAUUUUAACUUUUAGUUAGCUUGAAGUUAUUUUUUUUAAAAAAAAAAAUUGAUGUUUAAUUAGCCAGAAAAGGGAACUGUGUUAUAUAUAGUUGGAUUACUAUGUAUAAAAAGCUGGCUGUUGCGCUGCAUAAGUUUGAACUUGCAGCCUUGGCCUGUAUGUCGUCAUGUUGUAGCUGUUCUGGUACCUGCAGGUGGAGUUUAUGUAACCUGUGGGUUUCUUACAGAACUAGUACAAUCUUGUAACAUUUCGGUGUUUAUAAAAAAUCUUUCUAGUUUAUAUUAAUUUAGUUAGAAGUAUGAAAAUAACAGGAUCAAAAAUUUUGUCUCAAUUUUUUCAAAUGGAAGGGGGUUACAAAUUCUCUGCUAAGUUCAAUGGACUUCUUCUAUGAAUUAAGUCGGUUUUGGCAAAGUUUUUGUAUACUUAAGAGGAUUUAGUGCUACUAAUGGUUUCACGAAAGCAAAAGAUGCAAUGAAUAAAUCACGUUAAGCUCGUUACUUUCAUUUUUCACGAAUGCAAUAGCUAUAUAUAGAUUGCUUAAACAUCCCGAAAGAAUCUCUUUUUUGUUGUAUAUGGUCCAUGAUAUAUAUAUAUAUAGUAGACAACGUUACUUUGAAGACUAGGCUUUGGUGCAUUAUUAUACAUGAUGCUCAAAAGUGCUUGAAGGAGAAACUUCCAUUGUCAUCUUUAACCGGAAGGUAAGUAUAAUAAUGAUCUGAGCCGCCUAUACACAUCGUCUUUGCUAGGAAGCUAGACUCUAUAAAAACACAAGCUGUAUAAGAUCAGGAAGAAGGAGAAACACAUAUGUGGCAUUGUUAUUCGAUGAAGAUAUAUAUAUAAAACUAAAAGCAGAGUUGCUAUCAGGACUAGGAAAGCUAUAGAGUUCAUCAACCACAACAAUUAAACCUAAGCACCACUCAUAAAUCUGGAUAAGAUAAGAAGAGUAAACCCCAAAAAAUAAAAAAAGAGAGGACAGUUAUCAAUCACAGUCAAUGGAGAAUUAACAUGUAUACAUGCAAGUUGGAGAUUAAUUUAAGGCCUGCUUCUGUUUCUACCAAAGCAAAGUUGAUGCAAACAGAACGAAAAUUCGUUUUGGAGGCAUAAUAUGACGACAGAUGCAUGAUCAAGACGUUCGAAUCCAUCCACCAUUUAUGAUCAAACAGCUAAAAAUGCUAAUUUAGUGGCAAACCCAUAACUCAUGAACUAAGCUACCAACCAUACAUAUUGAAGAAGCUGGAGAACUUGGCCAAACUACGGAGAAGAAGUAGCUUGAAUGAUCAGCAAUAUAUACCUAUUCAUGAAUAUGCCUAUUUGGCGGCUGGGAUUGAAGCUCUUUUUUUGUGGGCUUUGAAAAGAACCACAAACACUGCAGGAUGUUUUGCAUGGCUUCAAAGGCACCCAAAGAAUAAACAAAAAAAAAAAAAAACUAAGAAGAAACUUUCAGUGAUAAUUUUCUCCAUUUGUACGGAACUUGAGCUAUUGGGGUGUACAUGAUUGGAAGGGAUGGAGCAACAUACUGAAGAACGAAACGCUACUACAAUUUGUUUCCUAUAUAUAUAUAGAACUAUUAUUUUAAGGGGUUAAUCGAGAGGAACAACACUCAUUAUUCUGUUGCCCAACUUAUUUGACUGAAACUUCCAAAGGAUGAGGAAUUGUGGAUAAGAGAAUUCGGGGUUUGAU